AGAACAGCAGUUCUCAGAACCACCGACCCACUUGGAUCAAAGGCGUAUACCUUUGUGCAAAUGCAACUGCCGGUCUACUGCUACUGAAUACCGUACUCAUUUCCGUAGCAGGCGGACUGGCAUCGAAGUACACAGGCUCUGGAGGAUCGUCCAACUCCAAAGUGGUCUACGAAGGCAGCUGCGUCAUAACAAGUCGAUGGAACACGGCAUUCCAUUUUAUCAUCAACGUGAUUAGCACCUGCAUUCUGGCGGCAAGCAAUUACUGCAUGCAAACGCUUGUCGCGCCAACCAGAGACGAAAUUGAUUUGUUCCAUGCAAAGCGUCGCUGGCUGGAGAUUGGCGGUUCUAGCUUCAGAAAUCUAUUUGCCAUACCGCUUAGUCGUCUUGGGCUCUGGUUGAUUCUACUCCUCACUGCUACACCGUUCCAUUUACUGUACAACUCUGUCAUUUUCGAAAGUCUGUCGUAUAAUGAGUAUUGGUCGUUUGUUGCACCAUCCGAUUUCGAUGCUCAAAAUAUACAGAACCUGACGACUCCCGCGUUGGAGAAUUGCUUUCGAGCUGAUAUCUCUUCCGGACCAAACGAUAUCAACAGCGGUAAAAGCAUGGAUUGGGAUCAAAUAGUACAAAUCACUAUGGGAGAAAGGAGCGAGAAAAUUUCCCCUGAGCAAUGUGCCGAAUAUACCGAUGAAGAGUCUUAUUAUCCAUCGGGGUACAAGGGCCUUAUUUACCUUGCGAGUGAGUUGGCUAUGAAAGAUGGAGGAGAUAUCGCUGUACUUCGGUCUACUGGCACCUCUCGGACUCAGUCAGUUUAUACUGCACCGUUUACCAAUCCGAACCUCCCAACUACCAAAUUUGAUGAAUGCGCCGACCCUAUUAGUUCUUCUACGAUUUAUCGUUUCAGCGGGUGUUUGGCGUUUGAGGGCAAGAAAAAUUGCCAACUACUUCUCAACCCCCCCAUUGCUGUGAUUAUUUCAUUAGCUACGCUGAUGAAGGUAGUUGCAAUGUUUCUUGCAGCUCAUCUUCAACGGACUCGAGCCCCUCCUCUUCUUACAACAGGCGACGCAGUUGCGUCGUUCCUAGAAAGGCCUGAUGACACAACGAAAGGGAUGUGCUGGGCGUCUCGACGUUGCAUGAAGAAGGGUAACUGGAGACCCUCUUCCGUACUGUCGACAGGCCAACCACCGACCAGAGAAUAUAGACACCUAUCACCGCCCAGGCAAUGGAGAAAGGCAUCUAGCCCUUCUUAUUGGGCAGUCACGUCGAUAAUGUGAGUGUUCA